AUGGAAGAGCUCACGCCUGGUGGAGUAAAUCCAGGAGGGUACGAACGAGGCGGUCGAGGUGGAGGAGCCGCCGUGGAUCUAAGAAUCGAGUUCACGUCGGGUUCACCAAAUUGUGGGGACUCCGUUCCGGAUGGUUCGUACUUUUUGAAUGGUGGUUCGGGGUUAGCUCCUGUCAUAAUCCUUUAUGCUCUCCUUCAAAAAGUAAUUGACACUUCUAAGUGUAUUCAACAAACAGACCUCAGUACUAAUGGCUUCAUGACUGGUGAAAUCUUCAGACAAGAAGUAGAUCCCAUAACUUGCGCACAUCAGCAGGUUCACAAUAUAUAUACUAAAAUUGUUGCAAAGAGGUGUCGUAAAGCUAAUGGCAUUUUGAAAGAGGCAGUCUCAAUCAAUGAGUUUGUGGACUUCACUACAGUUGGAAAAUUGUUGAAACUAUCAUUGUUAAACUUGAGUGACAAUAGAAUUUCUGGACAAAUACCGUUCGAGAUCGGGGGACUGUCCAAUUUGGCUUCUCUUGAUCUCUCCAUGAACAUGCUAAGCGGACCGAUUCUGGGUCAAAUCGGAGAUAUCUCAAUGACAACUCACUCACCGGAGGGUCCUCUGCCUGACUCCAAGGUUUUUAAUUCGUCUCCGCCCGAAGCGUUUUCUCAUAACAAGAAUCUAUGUGGUGAUUCAAUCCAAGGUUUGACACUAUGCAACAACUCAGUGUCUGGAGGUGGAGGCAAGGAAAACAAAGGAAACUCACGGUUGAUCAUUAUUGCAGUUUCUACCUCGUUAGGCUCGUUGUUUCUCUUGCUUUUGCUUGUUGGGGCUAUCGCGCUUCACCGAAAAUGUAACAGGAGAAGCCAUAAAGAAGAUGGUGUAAAGGGAGAAAACAUCUUUUUGAUCCAGAAUUUCUGUGGAAGAAUUGUGUAUGGAGAUAUUAUCCGCGCUACAGAAAAUUUCGACGAUGCACACUGCAUUGGACAUGGAGGAUCGGCCAGAGUCUACAAAGUUAACUUAUCAAGUGGGCAGGUAGUAGCAGUUAAAAAGCUAUUUAUGAAUGAAGGUUCAGAGAUUGGGGAGAUCAAGAGUUUUGCAAAUGAGGUAGCAACGCUGACGGAAAUAAGGCACCGGAACAUUGUGAAACUCUACGGCUUCUACUACCACAAAAAGCACACUUUUUUGGUUUGCGAAUACAUGGAGAGAAAGAUGCCAGGGAGUUGGACUGGAGCAAGAGAGUAA